GUGAUUCUGCAGAAAUGCACCGCUGUUCUCAUCUUUGACAGUUGGAAAAUACAGUAUAUACUUUGAAGAAGGCUUAUCACAAUAGCGAGGCUGCAAAGAGUAAAGGAUCACAAAAUAUACGCUACUUUACCUAGUCCCGCUUUAGGACUUUAUAAAAAGUUCAUAUUACUUGAAAUGGAACCUAUUUUCACGUUAAGGUUGAUCGAACGGCGAUUAUCAGCUACGAGAGCUACGUUAUUACGCAACUGGUUGAAAAUGGGCCCUAUAUUUAUGAGUGGACACCAUUUGAGCUUGUGUCUCUUCUGUCGCAAGCUGCGGUUGGAUUUGUUCGAGGGCGAAAGCACAAUGCUCACCCUGAGAGCUCCAAUCACAAUAAUAGGAGAUAUUAGAGGACAGUACCAAGACUUACACAGAUGGUUUAGUAUAGCAGGAUUCCCUCCUAGACAAAAGGUGCUCUUUCUCGGUGGUUUGAUAGACAAAGAGGAGCCUGGAUCAAUUGACUGCCUAGCUUUCGUCGCUGCAAUGAAGGUAAGUUUCCUAACAAGUAGAACUAAUAGACUUUUAUUUAUGGGAUGCUAGCU